AUGAACUUGCUUUCACCGCAAACACCCAAUGCUGUGCUUCUGCGGAUUCAUCCCUCCGACAGGUCUGCCUCCCUCCCGGUGCCACAGGGCUCCUCCAGAAGUGGACAACUGAAGGCAAAACGGCCCAAAUAUCCUCAAAAAGGUGACCCCAGGAGAAGCAAAUUUAACCAUCAUGCCAUCAUCAAGUUCACCUUGACUACUGAGUUAGCAAUAAAAAAACCAGAAGAUAGAAACACACUUGUGUUCAUCGUGGAUGUCAAGACCAAUAAGAACCAGAUCAAGGAGGCUGUGAAGAAGUUCUAUGACGUUGAAAUGGCCAAGGUCAACACCGUGAUCAGACACAAAGGAGAUAAAAAGGCAUAUGUUUUACUGGCUCUUGACUUUGAUACUUUGGAUGUUGCCAACAAAAUUGGGGUCAUGUAA